AUGGCACUUUCAGGCCAAAUUGUCUGGCAUAGUUUAUUGUCCAAGCCGGAGUGUAGCAAUCGCCAAAGCGUUCCACCAUUAAAAUCUCAAAAUGCAGCAAUUGGAACAACAUACGAACAAAAAUUCAAGCUAGGAUAUAUCAGGAGCAAAAAGAGGUCCUUGGUCACGCUUUCAAUGCUCAAUCCUGAUAUUGGCAAAGAAUGGAAGAAGAAGGAAGUUCCUUUUACUAGAGGUUGCAGCUGCUAUGAAUUAUCAAGAGAUGGAGAAGAACUACUCAUUAAGAAUGCUCAAGUUAUUACUGAAUCAUCUAUGAAACCGAUAUUUUUGGCACUGUACAAGAUCUUAACUUCAGCAUUUGAUUACUUCCCAGAAGCAGCUGAGAGGUUUCGAAAAAGCCAUCAAAUUACGUAUCAACUGUUAGUAAAUGUUUACAAGAUUGUUUUUUACCCCUUCAUAAGUCCAAUUCUUGCAUGGUAUAAAAAGUUAUGGAGCUUCACAGUUACCCUUCUUAGAUUCACCAACAAAUUAGUGCAGUUCAUUACGAAAAGUUUCAGCAAGUAGAACAUAGUUACAGAGCAAGUUCAAUAUUUUCCUCAUUGAUUUGGCUUUUAUCAGCAUGCUCAUUUGCUUGCUUCCUAGGGGUCAUUGUACCAAUUGUAUCAAUAUAUCUUUAACGAUCGG